AUGGGGGACCGACCAGCUGUCUAUGUCCACUUCGAGCUCGGCGUGUCAUGGCCCAAGCAUCUGUCGAAGGAUCGCCACAUCACAUACAUCUCAAAGAGCAUGCGGGAUCGAGCAAACCAAUUCCCUCGACAGUUGCCUCCCGUUAAUACCAACUACCUCGCCGCACCAACACAGUACCAGGUUGCCUACCAACAACCAGUGCCCCAAAUCCAAGAGCCCCAGGCACACCCACCAUAUCAAUUAACUUACUACACCAACGAGAUACCACCCAACACCUACAACAGAGACCCAGUAACACCAGCCCCGGCACAGACUGUCCAGUACCAGCCAUACCAACCCGUCCAGCAGCCACAACAUUAUAGUCAGGAAUAUUACGCGCCAGUGGCAUCAGUCCAACCACCGGUUGAGGAGGAAGAGGUUCGAGGGAGUUCGAGGUCGAUGAGCCGAAGCUCGCACGAACGGGGCAGGUCAGCUCCGCCUCCCUUCAACGACAGCCCCUGGGACGUCGGUUCCAGCUCCAACAGCCAGGGUGUGCCUCAACUCUGGAAGGCCUUGCCGGCAACCCCGAACCAGUACCGCCUAGGAGAGGAUAACAUGCCCUGGUCUACGUGGAGUUUUCCCAUGGGAUACAACGAAAACGAGGAUGAGGGCGACGAUGGCGAAAGAGGCGAGAGCCGUUCCCGCGAGGCCAGCAUCCGAGCAACAUGGGGACCCGAAUUCCCCGGAGAACCCGCGCGCCGCCCUGAAUCGGAUGACCGGCAUCGAGGCAAGGCCAAGGAUAUCCAGUCUCUUGCCACUGCUCUGAUGACAGUGGACAACGGCUUCGAAGAUCAGUGGUGGUACCAGGGACCUCGGCUUGUCAACCUGCAUGGAACCGUGCUGGUGCCCACAGCAGUUCCCAAGUCCAGUUUUCACCCGGAUUUCCAGCAAGGCUCCGUUGGAUGGGCCGUAUCUCGGGAAGAAGAGAUGCGGCAAAAGGAUCAACUGCAGCAACACCAACAGCGACAACAUCAGCAGCAGCAGCAGCAGCAGCAGCGACAACAACUGGAAUCCUUCGUGCCAUCAACUCCGUCUUUCCAGGUUGUGUCGCCCCGGUCGAGCGUCGCCGAUAUUGUGUCGCCCCUGAGCGAGUACCCGAGUCCUUUGUCGAGCUUUGGAGGCCUUCGACGCUCAUUAACCACAAGGUCCGAUGAGCUUCAUAUGUAA